AUGAGUCCUAAUAGUCAUGCUGAGAAUGAAAUGGUAGAAGAUCAAAAUGAUUUGAAGCAACCAAUUGUCCGCCUUUCUUCAUUUAAUGGUCCGAGGGAACCAUGUCUUAGUAUGGAAUUUGAUGAAUUAGAAGAUGCUCAUGCAUGUUAUAAUGCUUACGCAAGACGAAUAGGUUUUAGCAUUCGAAAAAAUCAUUCUCGACUAUCGAAAAAUAAGUCAUUAAUUGGGAUAGAAUAUGUUUGUUCAAGAGAAGGAUUUCGUCAUCAAAGUUGUCAAAAGAAAAUUUAUACAAAUUCAGAGCCUGCCGAAACAAGGAUAGGAUGUAAAGCAAUUAUGGGUUUAAAGAGGUUAAAAUGGACUGUAUGUAAGUUCAUAAGUGAACAUAAUCAUGAGCUCCUUUCUCCUAGAAGUACAAGUUUACUUCGUGGACAUAGAGUGGUAACACGUGCCCAAAAAAAUCUUAUAGAUACUCUCAAUGAGUCUGGUGUACCCCCAAGGAAGAUAAUGUCAGUGUUGAGUAAAGAAUCAGGUGGCGACUAUAAUGUUGGUUGCAUUUCUAAAGAUGUUGAAAAUUAUGUGAGCAAUAGAAGAAGAUUUCGUUUUGAAGAGGGAGAUGCACAAAAAAUGUACAAUUAUUUUCUUGAGAGACAAUCCCAAAAUCCAAGUUUUGUUUACGCAAUCCAAGUAGAUGAAAAUGGAUGCAUGGGCAAUUGUUUUUGGGCAGAUGCUAGAUCACGAGCUGCAUACCAAUAUUUUGGAGAUGUUGUUACUUUUGAUGCGACUUACUUGACAAAUUGUUAUAAGAUGUCUUUUGUUCCCUUUACUGGAGUUAACCAUCAUCACCAAUCUGUGAUGUUUGGAUGUGCUUUGCUUGUAAAUGAAACGGCUGAAUCUUAUACAUGGUUGUUGAAAACAUGGCUUGAGGCAAUGGUUGGACGUGCUCCUUCUACAAUUAUCACAAAUGAUGACAAGGCCAUGCGUAAGGCAAUUGCAGAGGUAUUACCAAAUGUCACUCAUAGAUUGUGUUUGUGGCAUAUUUUACAAAAAGUUCCAGAACAUUUAGCUCAUAUAUAUAAUAAAUAUUCGUCUUUUCAAAGAGAUUUCCAGCAUUGUAUUCAUAGCACAAUCACAAUUGAAGAGUUUGAGACGGAAUGGAGUGAAAUUGUAGGCAAGUAUGAGUUGGUAGAGAAUGAUUGGUUGAAAAAACUCUAUAUGCGGCGUGAAAAGUGGGUGCCGGCUUACUUGCGAACCACAUUUUGUGCUAGCAUGUCUACAACUCAACGGAGUGAGAGUAUGAAUAAGUUUUUUAAAGAUUAUGUCCGUUCGAGCACAAUGGUGAGUGAAUUUGUCUAUCACUAUGAAAAAGCCUUGGAUGCACGUUAUUUUAAAGAGAAACAAAAAGAUGUGAAGACAAAAACUUCUAGACCGAUUUUAAAAACAUGUUACAAGAAGGAAGUAGAGGCAGCAAAGGUUUACACAAGAGAGUCUUUUUUGAUGUUUCAAGAAGAGUUAUUUAACAGUCAAAAUUUCAAAUCAUCUAAACAUCGGGAAGAAGGAGGGAUGAAGAUAUAUAGGGUGACUCUUCAUGGGAGAGAAAGUCCAUUUUAUGAAGUUUCAUUUGAAGUUCUUGAGAAGAAAACUACUUGUACAUGUCAUAAGUUUGAAUUUGUUGGAAUUUUGUGUGCACACAUUCUUCAAAUUUUUUUGAAAAAGUCUUUGGUGGACACUAUUCCCCAACAUUAUGUUCUAGAGAGAUGGACAAUCAAUGCCAAGAGUCGCAUUUUACAUGGCAUAUCUAGUGAUGAUAUACAAGUAGAAACACAAAAUUCUUCCACCUUGAUGAGAAAUAGCUUGAUGUUGCAAUUUUAUGAAGUUGUCGAAAUGGGGUGCCAAUCAAAAAGAAAAUAUGAACAUCUUGGCAUUGGUUUACAAAAGCUUCAUCACGAGCUUUUGAUAAUGGAUGAUGGUAGUGAUAAAGAUAUAAAUGAUACUAAUGAAGGAAGUGCCGAAGAUCUUGUGUUAAACAACCAAGUACUAUCAAACCUUACAUUCACUUUGCAAGAUCCUCUACAUGUUCGAUGUAAAGGAGCACCCAAAUCUGUGAGACAAAAAAAUCCAAAAGAAAAGCAAGCAAUGACGAAAAGGACAUGUUCCAUUUGCAAGAAAACAGGGCAUGUGAGAACCAAUUGCCCUUCACAUAAGCAAACAAGGAAUAUUGUGAAUAUCAAUAUGAGGCCAGCUUAUUUGGGGUUGAUAGAUGAACAAAGUUUAGUAAAGUGCUCUUUGCCAACUAUGGAGUAUCCCUCUGCAAAUACAUUUGCCAUGUCUCAAGAUCCUGUAUGUUUAUCUACUACAAUUGAUAUUGGUGCAGACAACAUCAACGCCUAUGAAAAUGCUUGA